CCGACUCGUAAACAGUGGUAAAACUGAGUUCAUAUUAGACAACAAGAUACGGCACUCUUUUUAAAUACUAUUUUCAUUUAAAAGUUCACUUUAUAUGUUUUCCUUUCAAUUAUAAUGGAUAUCGUGAAUAGAAAGAGUUCAUUUUUAAUUGCAUUUGGCUACUUCUUAAUAUUCAUAUCUCCUUCAAUUGUGACAGUACAAGCAAAUGUUUGUACAGUUCCUCCUCAGCCAGCAAAUGGUUAUCGACAAUUAUAUAGGUUGCAAUGCCAAUCGCAACAAAACAAUUGUUACGUACAGGAAGGUACAAAAUUACCAAUUUUGUCUCAUUUAAUUUAUACUUGUAAUACUGGAUACCAAAUAAGCGGUUCCAGUGAUGUAUUUUGUGAUCGAGAAGGAAACUGGUUAAAUAUUCCAGUUUGUACUGAAAUUCGUUGCAAAUCACUGGCUUCAGCGUCAACAGAUGCUGAUUGUAAAUUAAAUGGUCAAUGGAUAUCUUGCGAAUCUCCUGUUUUGCCUGGAACCACCGCGGAGUUAAGUUGUCGCAACAGUUAUGAGGAAGUUGGAAAUUUUUUAUCCAAACAUAGAAAUCAAGUUACAUGUAAUAAUACUGGUCAAUGGGAACCACAACCAAUAGAAUGUUUCCCAAAAUGUGGUGUAGUUCCUUCAAAAUCAAAACCACUCAUUAUAGGCGGUAAUAUUACUGAACUUUCUCAAUUUCCAUGGCAUGCUACUUUAUAUCAACAGAAAACUUCAAACGGAUCGAAAAAUUUUAUUUGCGGAGCAACGAUAAUAAAAGAAAACUUACUUCUGACCGCAGCACAUUGCAUUUACGAUGAAUCGAAUCGAAAAAUAGAAAAUCCAAAUAAAUAUUACGUAGCAACUGGAAACAUUUAUCGUGACUAUGAUUCUACUCUGCACAAAAAGCGAUUCGUUAAAAAGGCCAGAGUGAAAGGCAUUUAUGUUCCUUGCAAUUAUUUAGGCUUUGAAGGAAAUUAUGCUUGGGACAUAGCUAUCUUGGAAAUCGAAAGGCCAUUUGUAUUGUCAUCUUCUCUAUUACCGGCAUGCUUAAAUGGUGAUUUAAUUGAGUCAGGAUUAGGUGUAGUUUCAGGAUUCGGUAGAACCGCUGAAGGAUCAUCCAGUUUUGUUCUGCAAUCUGUAUCUUUGCCUUACGUUCCUCUUAGUCAAUGCAAAUCUUCAAAAAAUUCAAUCGAAUCUGAAAAAUUUAUAACAAUGGAUAAAUUUUGUGCUGGUUAUACGAAUGGAACAUCUGUCUGCGAUGGUGACAGCGGAGGAGGAUUAGUAUUUCAAACUGGAAAUUUAUGGUUUUUAAGAGGUAUCGUUAGUCUCUCUCUUGAUGAAAAAUUAACAGGUGGUACAAGAAUUUGUGAUAGUCAUUCAUAUACUCUUUACACACGUAUAUCAACUCAUAUAAACUGGAUCCAAGAUACACUUUUUCAAUUAGAAACAUCUAAACCACUUCCCUCAUGUCGUGACUCAACUAUAGCAAAUGUGACUUUUGUUAAACCUGAUCAAUUUAUUCCAAUUUCAACAAGUACUAUAACAUCUUCCUCAUCGAUUCAAAAUACAACUGUUUGUACGGCACCUCCUGAUCCUGCGAAUGGUUAUCGUUUAUUGCACAAGUUGUAUUGUCCCACACAAAAAGAUUGUACUGUGAAGGAAGGAAUAGAAUUAGUCAGUGGUUCUCAUUUAAUUUACACAUGUAAUCAAGGAUACGAAUUAAGAGGUAUCAGUGAUGUAUUAUGUAGUCCAGAAGGAGAAUGGUUAAAUAUUCCUGUUUGCACUGAAAUACGUUGUAAAUCUUUGGCUUCCCAAACGAGAUUUGCCGAAUGUAAAUAUAACGACGAAUGGACGUCUUGUGAAAGUGACGUUUUAGCUGGAACCAUAACAAAAGUAAGUUGUAAACCAGGUUAUAAUAAAUAUUCUAGAGUACAAACGGAUUACAGCAUGGAGCUUGUUUGUAACAAAGGAGGUUAUUGGUCAGAAGACCCGAUGGAAUGUUUCCCAAGAACAUUAAUAAAUUGGUUGAACAUAGCGGACCAGGAAUCCAACUGGUAGUUUAUGGUUUCUAAGAGGUAUCAUUAAUAUGCAUCUUGGUGAAAAAGUGGUGCAAUGAUACAAGAACUUGUUAUUUAUAUGCUCUCUAUACAAGUAUUUCCAAUAAUUUUUUCACGAAGUAAUUUAUAAAUAAUAUACGAUGAUGUCUUCGUGCAUAAAAGUAUCAACUUUUUAUCUUUAACGGUUGUAAGUCACCUAUCAGGUGACAACAGUACUUUGUCGCUGCGGUCUUACGUUACGUUGUAGGUGACAACGAGUGAAUUAAGAACCCAUAUUUACCAAAAUCAGCUAUAACCUAGUGAGAAUCACGUAUGAAAAGGUAGCAGCUGAUAAGGGUUAAUAAUAUUCAGUAAUUAUUUAAUAAGUGUAAUUUUACAAAAAAAAAGAAAGCAUUGCAAAUACGUUUCACAGAAAAAUUGCAUUUUAAAGAAAUCCUAUUUUUUGAAUUCAUCUUAAUCAGUGUAAUAUUCAAUGUAAAAAAAAUACUAUAUUAUUAUUUGUUAUAAAAAUUAAAAUAAUUCAUUAACUGAUAUAAGGUAGCACCCCCCUGUGAAGACCGAAAUUUCAAUGUUUUUUCAUGAAUUUUUUUAAAUAGGAAAAUAAAAUGCGAUCGUUUAAAAAUUUUAAUAUGUUCUUAUUAGUAUCUUAAGCCAUACAACAUAUUUUUUAAACCUAAUUUGGGCAAUAUUUGUCCCUUUUUUUUAAUGUCAAAUUGGAGUCCCUCAAAAUUAUGUGUGCACCUUUGGGGAAGUACAGAGCCUUUUGU